GUGCUGGAUAUGGUUGGCAUCGAUCCUCUCCCGUCAGGUGAUGUCACCACGGCAUGGAACUUCAACGGGUCUGUCUACUGCGCCUACAACGACACCGUCUACGAGAUCCUCUACGAGUUUGCGAGUGUCACGGACAUUGUCGCCCGUACUGGCGAGGUCUUCGUGGGACCCGCCGCGGCCGCCAACACCAGCCAGGUCCCGAUCACCAACGAUGGCUUGAAUUGUCCUGGUAACUCGCCCUUCGCCGAGGUGACCACCACGACGUCAACCACCACCACAACAACUCCGGAGCCUCUGCAAGUGCGACUUGGUCGCGAUCGAGAGCAUCUGAGAAAGGUCGGAAGCUGGCUCCUCGGCUUCGACCUCGGGGCUAAGCAACGACCUAGCCCCGUACGGCCAACGCCCGUCCCCUCCGCCAUGGCAUGGUGUGGUCCCAGCGCGCUGACCCCGCUGGAAGAGUUCGCAAGAUCACUUCCAGCACUCGGAGCUGCAGAGGAAGCCUUGCCGAUGGAGUUCCCCAUGUGCACGGUUCCCGAGCCAACUCUGAUGCAAAUGACACAGAUCUACUCGCACGAGGCUAUCCCGCCGCUCGAGCCGGUCCCGGACUUCAAGACCGACAGCGACUUGACGGUGGAGCUUGGGUGUCUCUCGGUAGCCAAAUUCCUGCACCAGAACGGCUUCCGGACCAUCCGCGAGACGGACGGUGCCGAGUGGUCGGCCUUGCACUAUGCCGCCCUCCGCGGAGAUCCCGCCGUGCUUAAAGUCCUGCUAAAACUCCGUGCCGACCACAAGCAGCUGACGAAAAAAGGCCAGUGGCGCUUGGACCUGUCUCCCGGGACCUCCGCGCUGGCAGUCAGCCCCAUCCAUUCACCGAUUCAUGCUGCAGUGAUCGGGAACAACCCGGAAGGCAUCCGACUUCUCUGCGGCGCCGGCUGCAAGCUGCCCGGGGCAAACAUCUUUGGCUUCAAGGCGGAGACCGCUGCUUGUCACCAUGCAUCCAUGAUGGCCUUGGAGGAGCUUCUCAUAGCAUAUCGAGCUCGGGGCCAGGCCUGUGACGUUCGCCAGAUGCUCUACGGCCUCGUCACCUCGGCGGUUCAGCCCAGCGCAAAGCUUGUGGAGCGGAUCGUGGAGCCAAGGGCAGACGUCAACCAACCUCUCGAUGCCUACCGGAACCUCGGCACGCUCUACGGCCUUCUAGUCUCAGCGCUAAGUCUCCGGUACCGCAGUGGCAAAGCCACAAAGGGCACGAGAAGUGCUUACCAUUCACAAGGUGCACCGCCCCUGGUAAUGGCAGCGCUCACAUCGCAGUGGGAGGGUGCUGCAGCCCUGGGGGUGGGUGCCGCCCUUCAG